GCGCGCGGGUGGCGAACGGUGCUUUGAACUCGGAGCGGACGGCUACGCGGGCCAGGGUCCCGGGACUGGGGUCGGGGUCCGAUCGGGGCCUGGGCCUGAGCCGGGGUCUGGGCGGCGCGAACCGGGGCCGGCAGCCGGCGCUCCUGGGCGUCCGCGGCGCGAGCCAUGGCGGCCGAGGCGCGCGUGUCGCGCUGGUACUUCGGGGGGUUGGCCUCGUGCGGGGCCGCCUGCUGCACGCACCCGCUGGACCUGCUCAAGGUGCAUCUGCAGACGCAGCAGGAGGUGAAGCUGCGCAUGACGGGCAUGGCGCUGCAGGUGGUGCGCUCCGACGGCGUCCUGGCGCUCUACAACGGCCUCAGCGCCUCCCUGUGCAGACAGAUGACUUACUCCCUGACUCGGUUUGCCAUCUAUGAGUCUGUGCGGGACCACGUGACCAUGGGCAGCCAGGGACCCCUGCCUUUCUACAAGAAGGUGUUGCUGGGUUCCAUCAGCGGUUGCAUCGGAGGCUUCGUGGGGACCCCUGCAGACAUGGUCAACGUCAGGAUGCAAAACGACGUGAAGCUGGAGCCCAGUCAGCGCCGAAACUACGCCCAUGCCUUGGAUGGCUUGUACCGCGUGGCCCGAGAAGAGGGUCUGAAGAAGCUGUUCUCUGGCGCGAGCAUGGCGGCCAGUCGUGGGAUGUUCGUCACCGUGGGCCAGCUGUCCUGCUACGAUCAGGCCAAGCAGCUGGUCCUCAGCACCGGGUACCUGGCCGACAACAUCUUCACUCACUUUGUCGCCAGCUUCAUCGCGGGUGGAUGUGCCACGGUCCUGUGUCAGCCCCUCGACGUCCUGAAGACCCGCCUGAUGAACUCCAAGGGCGAGUACAAGGGUGUCUUUCACUGCGCUGUAGAAACAGCAAAGCUCGGGCCGCUGGCCUUUUACAAGGGCCUCGUGCCUGCAGGCAUCCGCCUCAUGCCGCACACCGUGCUCACGUUUGUCUUCCUGGAACAGCUUCGCAAACACUUUGGCCUCAAAGUGCUUUCCUGACGGGGCCAAGGAGUGGGCUGAGCCAGGGCCAGCCCCCAGCGCCAGGCUCUUCCAGGGUCUGGGAGGGCCGUGGGCGAGCGCUGCCCUGAGCCCAGCAUCUGCCCCGGCGCACCCCGGCCUCCCUGGCCCCUGGCCCCAGACCCCACCUUGUCCUUUCCCAACAGGCUCAUUCCAGUGACCUUCGCCCCCUCCAUCUCCUACCUGCCCGCCCCAGCCUGUCCCCUGCACACUGCUGACUCACCCAGAGGGGGGUAUCCAGGCCCUGGGUCCGGUUUUCUCUCCUCCCUGGGUAGCUGGUUAACACUGGAGGUGGGAGAGCUGGGCUGGGGCUUCUAGGGUCUGGGGUCCCCUGCCCCUGCUUCUUUGGCCCCUGAGGUUUCUUCAUUUCAUUGAGCAGCCCCCUGGGGCCCUCAACACCAUCUUCCAGCAGCUUCCGUGGAGGACCUGGGUGGCAGAGCAGUGGGGCACAGACCCCCUGCAGUGCUUUACCAAAUUGUGUGUGUGCACAUGGCACUUUUAUCCGUGGAGAGGGACCACCGCUUUUCCGAAGUUCUCGAAGGCGGCCACGCUCUGGUAGCUCCAGGCCAGUGGGCAGAUGGCACCGUGCAGAAACCACAUGCCCAGGAGGGAGGUGACCACAUGGCCCGCGGGCACCAGGUCCAGCCAGCCCCCGGUUGCUUUCACAAGUAGUUUCGCCAGAACCUCAGAGCCAGGAGGUCCUGCUGCCUUCAGGGAGCGUGCGGUGUCGUGCACGGGGUCCGCGCCUCCCCCUGCUCCCUGCACAGCCCCCUCUGUGCAGUGUCCCUCAGGGGCCCUCUCUGUGUGGACGGCAGCUGUCCGCAAGGCCCCCCGCAGCCAAGACCCAGAUGUCAGCACCUGGGUCCAAGCAGCCUGUCCUCCCGCAAGUGGGCCGGGGCCAUGUCCAUCUGCCUCCCCAGGACCCCCGGGUACUGCACCCCCACCCCAGCAAGGGGUGUUCCGCAGGGACACUAAUAAAGGACCGUGAAGUGCUCUGA